AUGCCUUUGACUCCAAUUGAUAUGUUUAUCAGAGCUUCGGAUGCUCUCGUAAAGUUUAACGCUAGCUUUGAGUCUAUGAGUGAUGAGGAAUUGGAUUUCCAGUAUUUAAAAUCCCAAAUGAAUGGAUUAGAGAACUUGUGGGAAAGAGUGCAGGAAAAAUUUGAAAAAGGCUGUGAUUUUAUGAUGACGUCUGUAGAGACGUCAAAAGAAGAAAUAGAUGCUGUCGAUCAAAAGUAUCAUGCAUCUUUUCAACUGUAUCUGCGAUGCCAGGCUGCAAUUAAUAGGAAGUUAGAUCAAUUUAAAAGGACUCGUUCUUCUUCUAUUAAUUCAAGCGUUAGUGGUUCUGUAGCGUCUUUGUUAGAAACCCCGGGUGAAACCCUACAAAAAUCACCGAAUCCAAUUAUGCCGAAAACGUCGGUUGAAACGCGAACCCAAUUGAAUGUUUCGAAUCAGGCUUCGCUCGAAAAUCCUUCCCAAAUUCAGACUCCGCUUACCUCUAUUGUGGGGAAUAGUAGUGCGAGUUUUCGAACUUUAGAUUAUGUUUCAAACUCGGAUGUGGUACAUAAUCUAGCUUUGCCGCCUUGUGACACAGAUGUUUUUGAAGGCGAUUUCCACUCAUGGCCCACCUUUAGGGAUUUGUUUACCGCUGUGUACAUUAAUAAUGCUCGUCUAAGCGACAUUGAAAGACUUUGUCAUUUGGUCCGGAAGACGACAGGGGAAGCUCGCGAGAUAGUGUCAAAGUUUCCACUAACUAAUCGUAGUUUCGCGCCGGCUUGGAAGGCUUUGAUCGAAACUUAUGACAAUCCCCGGCUUCUUGUUCACAAUCAAUUGAAGGUUUUAUUCGAUAUUCCUGUUCUCUAUAGUGAGACUAGUUCAGGAUUAAAGACGAUCCAACGCGGUAUAAAUGGUUUUUUAACUUCGAUGGCAAUUUAUGACGUCAAAACUGAAAAAUGGGAUCCAUUUAUUGUGUUUUUGUGUCUUCAACGACUGCCAAAAAUAACUCAGACCCUUUGGGAGCAAAGUGUAAAGGAUAAAUCCUCUCUUUCGUCUUGGAAGGACUUGGAUGCUUUUCUCACUGAGAGAAUUCGUACGCUCAUGUGUCUUCAUGACAUGCGUGGCACCGAUCAGUCUAAACGGUUUUGUAAUAGACAAGUUCAAGCGCAUCAUUCGCAUAUUAAUGUCUUAGGAUCGCCUUCUUCUCCCCGUGCUUCGAAAAGUUUAAAUUGUGUCAUUUGUCGAAAUCAACGUCAUAAAUUGUAUGACUGUCCCCGUUUUAAGAGCUUGAAAUCCGGUGAUAGGUAUAAAGUUAUGAAACGCCAUCACCUUUGUAUAAAUUGUCUUCGUUAUGGUCACGAAAUAAAGAAAUGUGAUAGCAAACGUCGUUGUUCGAAGUGCAAUAAGGCACAUCAUACAUUGUUGCAUCGGGAAGAUUUUACAUUGGGUAAUUCGACUCCAACUUCCACUGUGACAUCUAAUGUCCCUCAAAAUUCGAGUUCCAGUCCAUCUAGUUCGGGAAAUUGUGCAACAUCAACUGGAUGUAUACCCCGCCAGGUGUUCCACACCGCACAGAACAAAUCUGUACUUUUAGGUAUGGCGGUGGUGAAUAUCGUUCACCAAGGAGUUUUGUAUCCUGCUAGGGCGCUAAUAGAUCCUGCGUCAGAGUCCUCUUUUAUUUCAGAGCGACUCCAAAAUCGAUUGAAGCUUCCCGCAUCCCCUGCUAAGGCUGUUGUAUCAGGAGUUAGUGGUUCGCUUUCGGCUACUGCUAAUAAAAGUUGUCGUAUACAAAUUAGCAGUCCACUCGAUAAUUCUCCAACAUUAGAAACAAGUGUGUUAGUGUUGCCUACUAUAUCAGAAAAUCUUCCGUCAUUUGUGACCAAUUCAGACUUGAGGCCCCAAAUCCCCGACCUUCGCUUGGCAGAUGUCAAUCUUUUCGAACCUCGUCCCGUAGAUCUGUUGUUAGGAGCCGAUAUUUACCCCAAUAUUGUUUUAGAUGGUUGUCGUUCGAUUUUGUCUGGAGCUUUACUGGCUCAAAACUCAGUGUUCGGCUGGCUUGUCACGGGUCCUAUACCAGCAGCGCAGGACCACCAAUAA